UUGAGGCAUAUGAAGGACAGACACUACCAGCAGCUCCUGCAGAGCUUCACCAGUAAAGACCACCUGCGGGACUUUCUCCUGCAUAUCUUCACUGUGUUUCGCAUCCUGAUAAGACCAGAGAUGUUCCCCAAAGACUGGGCGGUCAUGCGGCUCGUCACUAACAACAUCAUCAUCACCACGGUACUCUACCUGUCAGACGCUUUAAGAAAAAGCUUCCUCAAUGACAAGUUUGACUAUAAGGUGUGGGAUUCCUACUUCUGCCUGUCUGUUAUAUUCAUCAACCAGUCCUGUCUUCAGCUCGAGACCUUCUCUGCGUCGAAGAGAAAGAAAAUACUGGAAAA